AUGUCUGCAGAACCCAAUCAUCCCCACCACAAAAAGGUUAACCUACAUGAUGCGUCUGGCGCAGAGAAGAAAGAGGAGCUCGACACAGCGACAGCCAUCCUGAAAAAGAAGAAGAAGCCAAACUCGUUGAUUGUGACCGAUGCCACCAACGAUGACAACUCCAUCAUUGCUCUUUCAAAUAACACUAUGGAAACUCUACAGCUGUUCAGGGGCGACACUGUCCUGGUGAGAGGAAAGAAACGCAAGGAUACUGUCCUGAUCGUUCUGGCCGAUGACGAUCUUGAUGAUGGUAGUGCUCGCAUCAACAGAGUGGUUCGCCACAAUCUCAGAGUCAAGCACGGCGAUAUCAUCACUGUUCACCCUUGCCCUGACAUCAAAUAUGCAAAGCGCAUUGCUGUUCUUCCUAUUGCAGACACCGUGGAGGGUUUGACCGGCUCUCUCUUCGAUGUUUUUCUCGCACCCUACUUUCGCGAAGCCUAUCGGCCCGUGCGACAAGGAGACCUCUUUACGGUCCGAGCCAGUAUGAGACAAGUCGAAUUCAAAGUCGUCGAAGUCGACCCCCCGGAAUAUGGCAUUGUGGCACAAGACACUGUCAUUCACUGUGAAGGAGAUCCCAUCCAGCGUGAGGAUGAGGAAGGAAACCUUAACGAGGUCGGAUACGACGAUAUCGGUGGUUGCAGAAAGCAGAUGGCUCAGAUCCGCGAGUUGGUUGAAUUGCCACUGCGGCAUCCACAGCUGUUCAAGUCAAUCGGCAUCAAACCUCCCCGGGGUAUCCUCAUGUUCGGACCUCCCGGUACUGGUAAGACACUGAUGGCUCGAGCUGUCGCCAACGAAACCGGAGCUUUCUUCUUUCUUAUCAAUGGUCCUGAAAUCAUGUCCAAGAUGGCCGGUGAAUCAGAAUCCAACCUCCGAAAGGCUUUCGAGGAAGCCGAGAAGAACUCUCCCGCCAUUAUUUUCAUCGACGAAAUCGAUUCUAUUGCACCGAAGCGAGAGAAAACCAACGGCGAAGUCGAGCGACGUGUUGUCUCUCAACUGCUAACGCUUAUGGAUGGCAUGAAAGCCCGGUCCAAUGUCGUUGUCAUGGCCGCCACUAACCGACCUAACUCGAUUGAUCCCGCCCUUCGACGUUUCGGUCGUUUCGAUCGAGAAGUCGACAUCGGCAUUCCGGACCCGACUGGUCGUCUGGAGAUUCUUCAAAUUCACACCAAGAACAUGAAAUUGGCUGAGGAUGUCGAUCUGGAGUCGAUCGCCGCCGAGACUCACGGUUAUGUCGGUUCUGAUAUUGCGUCGCUCUGCUCUGAGGCAGCCAUGCAGCAGAUUCGCGAGAAGAUGGACCUCAUCGACUUGGACGAGGACACUAUCGAUGCCGAGGUGUUGGACUCUCUCGGCGUGACCAUGGAUAACUUCCGGUAUGCUCUUGGUGUCUCCAAUCCCUCCGCUCUUCGCGAAGUGGCAGUGGUCGAAGUCCCCAAUGUUCGCUGGGACGACAUUGGCGGUCUCGAAAAUGUCAAGCGCGAACUUAUCGAAUCCGUGCAAUACCCUGUCGACCAUCCCGAGAAAUUCGUCAAAUUCGGCCUUUCGCCAUCUCGAGGGGUCUUGUUCUAUGGCCCUCCCGGUACUGGUAAGACUAUGCUUGCCAAAGCUGUGGCCAAUGAAUGUGCGGCAAACUUCAUCUCGGUCAAGGGCCCUGAGCUGCUGAGUAUGUGGUUUGGCGAGUCUGAAAGCAACAUCCGAGACAUUUUCGACAAGGCACGUGCCGCAGCACCUUGUGUUGUCUUCCUUGACGAACUUGAUUCCAUCGCCAAAUCUCGUGGUGGCUCUGUUGGUGAUGCUGGUGGGGCAUCUGACCGGGUUGUCAACCAACUGCUUACCGAGAUGGACGGCAUGACCUCAAAGAAGAACGUGUUCGUUAUUGGUGCGACCAACCGACCUGAGCAGCUCGACAAUGCUCUUUGCCGACCUGGACGUCUUGACACUUUGGUCUACGUCCCCCUUCCUGACGAGACAUCGCGUGAAUCGAUCCUCAAGGCGCAAUUACGCAAGACUCCUGUCGCAGCAGAUGUUGAUCUCAAAUACAUUGCCAGCAAAACCCACGGUUUCUCUGGUGCCGACUUGGGGUUCGUCACGCAACGCGCCGUCAAGCUUGCCAUCAAGGAGUCGAUCGCCGCGGAUAUUGAGAGACAGAAGGAACGCGAAGCUGCUGGUGAAGACGCUAUGGACGCCGACGAUAUGGAAGAUCCCGUUCCCGAGUUGACUCGACGACACUUUGAAGAGGCCAUGCAAGUCGCGCGGCGGUCGGUCAGCGAUGUGGAGAUUCGCCGCUACGAGGCCUUUGCUCAAGCCAUGAAACAGAGCGGUGGCAGUGCUUUCUUCAAAUUCCCUUCUGCUGGUCAAGAGGCUGAUGCCGCAAAUGGUACUGGCUUCGGUGAUGCUGGUAAUGACGACAGCUUGUACGACUAA